AGUAGUUGCCAUGACCAAAACCAAUCAUUCAAACUAAAUUAAGACUUAUGUCAUGUCGUGCGUCCAAAGUAUUAGGAAUAAUGUUUUUUACCAACAAAAAAGUCAACAGCACCGUGGUUGAGAAAAUGGAACAUUUUCUUUCUCUGUCUCUCACAACUUCACCUUCACUUUCAUCCAUGCUCUGCUAUAUAUAAAUAAAUGAAGCUACAAAGUAACCUCAUCUGUAAUUUUAACAAUCACAAACAGCUACUUGAGUAUACACACUUAUUUCCUACUUGAUUUCUGUUUUCUUUGUUAUCGUAUGGGGGUUUCUUUCUCAUUUCCAUUUGCUAAUUGCAGUCAUUUGGAAGAUAGUUUUGACUCAAUUAUUGCAAAUUCUUUAACCUUUGCUUUUGAUCAAAUCAAAACUCCAUUACAUUCAGCCAAUUUCAACUAUGAAGCUAAAAAGACAAAAGAGAUGGAUGAUCAGUCCCUUGAAUCAACGCUUCUGACUCAAGAGGACAAUCCUAAACACAUGGCUGCAAUUAAAUUGCAGAAAGUAUACAAGAGUUUUCGCACGCGAAGAAAGCUAGCAGAUUGUGCAAUUCUUAUCGAACAAAGCUGGUGGAAGCUUUUAGAUUUUGCGGAAUUAAAGCGCAGUUCGAUAUCUUUCUUCGAUAUUGAGAAACAUGAAACUGCAAUUUCGCGUUGGUCUAGAGCUAGAACAAGAGUUGCUAAGGUUGGUAAAGGUUUAUCAAAAGACGUUAAAGCUAGGAAACUUGCAUUGCUGCAUUGGCUUGAAGCAAUCGAUCCACGGCAUCGGUAUGGACAUAAUCUACACUUUUAUUAUGAUAAAUGGCUCAAGUGUCAGAGUAGAGAACCCUUUUUCUAUUGGCUAGAUAUAGGAGAAGGAAAGGAAAUAAAUCUUGAGAAAUGCACUCGAGCUAAACUUCAACAGCAGUGUGUUAAAUAUCUUAGUCCUAUGGAAAGGCUAGCUUAUGAAGUUGUUGUGGAGGAUGGAAGGUUAUUGUACAAGCAAUCAGGAGAACUCCUUCACACUAUAAGAGAAGGGUCACGUGCCAAGUGGAUUUUUGUUCUUAGCACAUCUAAGACAUUAUAUGUUGCUAAAAAGAAGAAAGGUUCAUUUCAGCAUUCUAGUUUUUUGGCUGGAGGAGCUACAUCUUGUGCUGGAAGACUAGUUGUUGAUAAUGGUGUCUUGAAGGCUGUUUGGCCUCACAGUGGUCAUUAUCGUCCUACAGAAGAGAAUUUUAAGGAAUUUAUUUCAUUCCUUGAGGAGAACAAUGUGAACCUGUCCAAUGUCAAGAUGGCUUCAGUUGAUGAUGGUCAUCAUGGAGUUCACUCAUCUGAAGAGGACUUGACUGGGAACAUGAGUGGCUUGGAGGAUGAAGAAGAGGCUAGUGUUGAAAACUCAAUUACAGAGAAGGUUAAUUUGAUUAAAACUGUGAGUGAGUUUCCACCUAAGUCAAGGAAAUUCAAUAAUUUUGGAAGAGCACUUACCAAACUUGAAAUGACCAAAAGGGGUCAAGUUUUUGGAGGACUAGAAAAUGAGAAAGAUGGUGUUGAGCUGAAUAAUGAGAGUUUCCAAAUAGAUUCUCCUACAACAAUUGGUCAAAAAACAUCACAAGCUUUUGCAUUGGAGCUAGAUCACACUGAUGAAAAACAUGAUGACAGAUAUGUAGGCACUAUUCCAAAAGUGUCAACAUUUAAAAGGAUGUCCUCUCAUACACAAAAUAAAGUCAUAUGAUCCACUAGGAAAGCUGGAUCUCAUAUUGGCUUUAUAAGAAACAUUUUGUAGAUAGGUUUUACAUAAUCAUAAUAGUGAUUAUCAGGCAUAAUUGAUAUAAUUCUUAUGCCAUGUGUGAAUAGAAUAGCAAAUUCAUUUGUUCUUUUGUUUAAAUAAAAAAGUAUAGGAUUUUUUCCCCCCUAAAAGUACGUAGGUAAUUUUUUAUUCAUUUUCCCACUCAUGUAUAUAUUGAACAAGAUGAAAUUCGACCAAUUUUUUGAGGUAUGCGCAAUUGUAAUUUAUGAAGGAAACAAAUUAAUUAUCUCAUUAUGGAGAUCAA